AUGGAGAAGAAGAAUCUUAAACAUGAGAAUACAACUUCCACUCCUAGUGAAGCUAGGAAUCUUGAUGGGCCGGUUCCAUUUCCCAGUCAACUUGCGGAGAGGAAGUUGAAUGACAAGUUUGCAAAGUUCCUUAGUAUGAUGAAGAAUUUGCACAUCAACCUCCCUUUCAUCGAAGUUGUCACACAAAUGCCUUCAUACUCCAAGUUCCUCAAUGAUAUUCUCACCAACAAGAGGAAUCUCAAUGAUGAUCUUAUCACUCUUCCCCAUCAACUUAACAUUGAAAUGAUCCCUACAAGGAAUACUAUCCAAUUGGCCGACCGUUCGGUGAAGUUGCCUUGUGGUGAGCUUGAAGAUGUUCCUAUUCAAGUUGGGAAUAUUUAUGUGCCUUGUGAUUUAGUAGUGAUGGAUAUGGAAGAAGAUGUUGAUACUCCUUUGAUUUUGGGUCGUGAAGCUCUUAAGACUUUGGGGGCGGUGAUCAAUUGCAAGAACAACACCAUUACAUGUGAGGUUGCCGAUGAAAAGAUUGUGUUUGAGUUCUUUAAGUUGCUCAAGACCCCCAUGAUUGAAAAAUUCCUAUAG